CCCUGACUUAAAUUCCCCAAAGUAAAAUAAGCUCAUCAAACGUUUCUCCCCACUCUCCCCUCUGCACCAAUGGCACACGCAUGAAUGCGAACCCUCUUUCCAUUUCCGUACGUUCCGAACCGUCGCAUCCCUCUUUCGCUCAAGAGCGUUACCGGAGCACCGGACUUAGGGGUCCUCCCGUUUCCUGUCAUGGGUGCUUCGAGAAAGUUUAUGCUUCAUUCAACGUCGUUUGUUUUCUUAAAGAUUCCAACGUUGCUGCUACUUACAUUCUCUUGAUUUCUUGGUGCUGUGUUUACUUUCUCGAGUUGUUGUCAGGUCACUAAUUUUCCUGAUUUUCUUUUUCCGUUUCGAAGCAACGUGCAAUAAUUAUGCCUCAAUCAAGGGCGAUGCCGUUCAAUACUGUGUUAGCGCUCAGCGCGCUGUUUUCGAUAGGUGCUUCGAUACCUACUCCCGAUUCUUCCUCCUCACCCUCUCUCACCACACGCAUGGAAAUGCCCGACUCACCCCCACCACCACCACCUCCCAACUCCCCUCCCUCAUACUGGAACUUCGCCACAAACGGCCUUCCCGUAUCCUACCGCGUCGCCAUAAUAAUCGACGCCUUCGUCCUGGUCGUUACUAUCGUCUCGUUAUGUCUCCUGGGCUGGUACAUGCGGAAACAAUACCGCCGCCGAAGACUGCUAGCCUUAAUCCACGAACAAGAACAAGAAGGCAAAUUGCGGGGGUUAGAAGAGGGGAUGGAGAGGAGGGAGAGGAGAAAGAAUAAGGGACAUGUGAGGUGGGGGAGUGGGGUGCAGGGAGGGAGUAUGGAUUUGGAGACUUUGAAAAGUGUCGAGGAGCCGGAGUAUUUGAAGGCUAGUAAUCAGGAUUUAACACCCGAAACGUCGCCCAGAAAGGAGGGAUUUAGGGUUAAUCCGCUGGGAGGGGUGGGCAAGGCGAAGAGCUCGCCGAUGGCGGCGGAAUUCAGGGGCGAUCCGUUAGGGACGGGGAAGGGGUUGAGGUUGUGGGAGGAGGAGAGGGAGAGGUAUAGGAGGGUGGGGCAGAGGGCUUGAGGUUGAGGAUAUUUGGUUGCUUUCUUGUGUAUAUUGAUGACUGGGAGUUGGGGUGUUAUAUCUAGGGUUGUUGCGUGUCCCGUCUGGCAUUUGCUGAUUGUUCAUUGGGAGGAGCAGAUGCAUUGCUAUUGUUGACGUAGCGGUUGGAGCAAGUGGACAGAUCUUCUAUUAAUUCUUUGCCACUCAGCAUUUAUACUCAGAUCGAUGCCCU